AACUCACUUCCCAUUCGGCUGAGCCACUUUGCCUUUAAUUCGUGUGGCGUCGUAAAUUUGUCCUAAUGACAGCCAGAAAAGUACCUUACUGCCCAGGCCUGUGCUGGUCUGUACUCUGGAUAAUUCUUUGGCUUGUUUCCUGGCCCUUGGCGGUUCUGUUAGCAGUUCUGGAGGUGCUUCUCAUUCCUUUGUGCGUAUGUUUCGACGGGGCAAAAACGGCUUGCGAAUUUAUUGACCGCGUAUAUAAGAUAUUUGCCUUCGAUCCUGUCGACAACGCCCGCUACAUGCGGCCUUUGUUCUAUCACCAGCGGAUCCCGGUUUCUGUAGUCGACCAAGAAGGCCCCGAAUGUGUGUGAUACUUGUGUGCGGCAGCUAUUCGAAACCCGAGGGAAAGUCAUCCAUUGCACUGUCCUUCAUGUGCUUCUGCUACAUCUCAGUUCCCCUUUCCCCCAUCCUGUGCAUUUGUUUUGUUUACUGCCCGCCCUGAUCCAUGGUAUUGUGUAUCAUCGCCUUGUCACUGCUCUGUCCCAUUUGUUGCCUUCUCUCUCUUCCUGGUGUAGGUUAUUUGACUAUUUUUCUACCUCCAACACGUUUUUGCCAUCGUUUCUCCUUCAGUUUUACUCCACCCUAUUCUGCAAAUUACCACGACUUUUCCGAGUGCAUCAACAAAUUCGCGCUUAUUUGCUGCUCUGGCUAACUGCUUUUCUUUUUCUUGCUUUUCCACUCAAUGAAACCGCUCGUCUUCACUUUUCUAUAAACCACCGGGCUUUCGCCUUUGUGUUCAUUUGCUGUUUUUCUGAACAGAAUUGUGUAUUUGUUGUUAUUCUUAUUUUUAACGUACUUUAUAUACUAAGUGACGUAA